AUGGAUUCACUUAAAUUUUUCCUUUCAUUAUAUGGUCACAAGCUGCCUGUGCUAUGUAUGGAUAUUUCAUCUGAUGGAGAUUUGAUUGUUAGUGGCUCUGCCGAUAAAAAUUUGAAGAUCUGGGGUUUGGAUUUUGGUGACUGCCAUAAAUCCAUUUUCGCUCAUGCUGACAGUGUUAUGUCAGUGAGAUUUGUACGCAAUACGCAUUACAUGUUCAGUGUUGGGAAAGAUCGCCUUGUGAAAUACUGGGAUGCUGAUAAGUUUGAGCUGCUUUUAACUCUUGAAGGUCACCAUGCUGAGGUUUGGUGUCUCUCUAUCAGCAACCGUGGUGAUUUUCUAGUCACAGGAUCUCAUGACCGAUCCAUACGCCGUUGGGAUCGUACUGAAGAACCAUUUUUCAUUGAGGAAGAGAAAGAGAAAAGGUUAGAACAGAUGUUUGAGUCCGACCUUGACACUUCAUUGGAAAACCGGUACGCACCCAAGGAAGAACUUCCAUACGAGGGAGCUGUGGCCUUAGCAGGGAAGAAAACACAAGAAACGCUUACUGCAACUGACUCAAUUAUUGAAGCAUUAGAUAUGGCAGAGGCAGAAUUGAAGCGUAUAGCUGAAUAUGAGGAGGAGAAAACAAGGGGAAAAGUGGCGGAGUUCCAACCAAACAUUCUUAUGCUUGGGCUUUCUCCAUCUGAUUACAUUCUUCGUGCGCUUUCAAAUGUUCACACCAAUGAUUUGGAGCAGACAUUGCUGGCAGUUCCAUUCUCAGAUGCUUUGAAGCUUUUGUCUUACUUGAAGGAUUGGGCCUCAAUUCCUGAUAAGGUAGAGCUUGUCUGCAGGGUCGCUACAUUGCUAUUGCAAUUGCAUCACAACCAACUGGUUACGACUGCAGCUGCCAGACCCGUCUUGACUCUUCUAAAAGACAUUCUUCAUGCAAGAGUCAAGGAAUGCAAAGACACUCUUGGUUUUAAUCUGGCAGCGAUGGAUCAUCUCAAGCAAUUAAUGGCUUCAAGGUCAGAUGCACCCUUUCGAGAUGCAAAAGCAAAAUUACUUGAAAUACGAUCACGACAGUCAGGUGUUGAAGCAAGAACAGAGAAAGAAGGAAAGAGGAAAAAGAAGAAACAAAAGAAGUUAAGUGACGGACAUGUUUGGUCUUGA